AUGAAAAUUUCUUAAUAAAACGCAACGAAGUUCAAACAAAAACAAAUCAGAAAAAUCAAAAAACCUAAAUUUUGGCUCGAAUAGCUAUGGAAACACCUCAGAACACUACUGCUAGCAAAGAUUUUCAAGUGACUGGCGUAUCUCGAAGUGGACGCGUACGCAAGAAAUCAUCCAAACUACUCGACUUUCAAUCACCAGAUGAAGUGGAGAAGAAACUUAAAAGGGCGGCAAAACUGCCAACGCGUAACGGUAAUGUUCGCGGUAGAAACUUAUUGGGUGGUGUUGGUCGGCCUCCUCGUAGAUCACACUUGAGUGUUGGCAGUGGUUUAGGUGGUGAUAUAAGUGAUUUGGCUGAAGACGAUAACGAAUUACAUGACGACAUGUCUGACAAUGUUACAGACGACGAAAAUUUCGGUGAUAACAAUAACCCAACAGGUGAUUCUGAUGAAGAUCUGAAGGAGUUAGUGGCUGGUAUUGUUGAUGGCGAACAUCCAGAUAGCAACGGCAAUCCAGAAUCGAAAGUGCGCCAAAGCUUAUAUAUGACAGAGAAGGCGAAUAAACGUAGAGUGCUCAAAGAUGGUCGUGUAGUGACAGGGAAAGUGGAAAGAAAGGAUAAAGGCAAGACUCGUUACACCGCGUAUAGCAUGUGGGCGAGAGAGUUACGUAAAACGGGCAAACUAGGCAAGGGACAAGACAUGGAUUUCUCAAAUACUGCGAAGCGUCUGGGUGAACUAUGGGCAAAUGUUUCAAAUAAAGAGAAAGAUUCGUGGCGACGUAAGGCUAAAGUUCAGGCCACUAAAGCGAAAUCUCGUGAGCGUAUAACGCCUGCUCCUACGAGUCCAUACCAACCAUAUUUCAAGCCCACAACAAGUAGAACCAAAAAGUUGGCGGAUGAAAGACAACAGACACCGCAACCAAUUACUCCGGUAACAUCAAACAGAAGUAAGCCACGUGGUAACUCCGUUUCUGUUACUUCUAAUACAGGCGAUUCUCCAACCACCGGCUUAACUACAAAACGUAGACGGAAUAAUAGCCUUAAUCGUGGUAGUGGCCUCAAUAGCAACGAUCUCAACACGUAUGCGCUCAACGCUGGCAACAUCACAAUCAACAACAAUCUUACAAAUAUAACAUCCGUUGCCUCACACACGACAAAUUCACACAACAAGAAGACUUCAUUGCCAAAUAUUGAACCCAUAGAUACGGCAGCGCAUCUCAAAUUACUCGGCGAGAGUUUAACCAUAAUCGGAGAACGACUUAAAGAACAUGAAGGUCAAAUCGCCGUUUCAGGUAGCCUAUCCGUAUUAUUAGAUAGCCUGCUCUGUUCGUUGGGCCCGCUUUUAUGCCUUACAACACGCAUACCAGGCCUAGAAAGAAAGCCACAAUUAAGCGAGAAUCUUACGGCGACGCUGGACAACAUUGCAUACGUCAUGCCGGGCCUUUAGUGCAUUGGCUAGAUACUACUUAUGCACGAAAUCUAUUUUAUUUGCUAUAUAGUUGAUCUUUUUUUAGCUAGUAAGCGAUGCCAAUGCAAGGCAAGUGUUGUGAGAAUGUAAGCGAAGAAAUAAAAGUUUAUAUAUAGGUUUUAACUUACAAA